AUGUCCGCUGGAUCCUCCAACGUAUUCCCCUUCCCUCCUCGCAAAGUCGAGGGAUACCCCACGUUCUUGCCAGAACAGCCCGUGCCCAUCGGCUCCCUGCUCGAUGCCGACGAGUACAAGCAGAACCAGAACCCUCCCAAGCUCUUUGAACCCAUCACUAUCCGUGGUGUGACCUUUCACAACAGGGCCUGGGUUGCUCCUAUGUGCCAGUACUCCUCUGACGAUGGUCACGCCACCGAUCACCAUCUCGUGCAUCUUGGAAGUAUGGCCCUCAGAGGCUGGGGCAGUAUUAUGGUGGAAGCCACUGCUGUCGUCCCAGAGGGCCGCAUCUCACCCGAAGACAUGGGUAUCUGGGAUGACUCGCAUAUCACCGAGCUGCAGCGCAUCGUCAAAUAUGUUCAUGCCAACAAAGGUCUGAUUGGUAUCCAGAUCGCUCAUGCAGGUCGCAAAGCAUCCACACCUGCUGCGUGGAACGAGAGGUUUGCCAACGAAGCUGGGUUCCACGGCGGCUCGACCGUCCCCGAGGAGCAGGGCGGCUGGCCAAGCAAAGUCGUCGCUCCUUCCGCCAUCUCCUUCCACGACGGUGAUUACCCCGACCCUCUUGAGGCUUCCACCAGCUACUUGGAGAACUUGAAGAAGGCUUAUGGUGACACUGCCGACCGAUGCAACCAGAUCGGCUUCGACUUUAUUGAGAUCCACGGUGCUCACGGUGAGUCCUCCCAGUUUGUCGACCCCAUCUCCAACGCUCGUACCGACAAAUAUGGCGGCUCUUUGGAGAACAGGUUGCGUCUUCCUCUGGAGAUUACCGAGAUUGUCCGUCAGAAAUGGGACAAGCCUCUGUUCUACAGACUCAGUGCUACCGAUUGGCUCGAAGAGGCGCUUGGUAAGGAAAAGGACGCCAAUGGCGAUUGGGCCUGGUGGGGCAUUGAACAGACUACUCUGUUUGUGAGCAAGCUGGCCGAGGCCGGCGUUGACCUCGUCGACGUUUCUUCGGGAGGCAACGACUUGCGUCAGAAAAUCAACGCCAAGCCUUCUUACCAGCUUCCCUUUGCGGAACACCUCAAGAAGACGUACCCCGACCUCCUCAUUGGCACUGUUGGCGCCAUCACCGAGGCCAAGCAGGCCAACGAUAUUUUGGAGGAAGGCAAAGCGGACAUAAUCUUCAUCGGUCGUCAGCUCCUGCGAGACUUGGAUUGGCCCCUCGAGGCCGCACUUGAGCUGGGGGCUGCCGUUGCGCCUGCUAUCCAGUACGAAAGGGCUUGGACGAGGUUGUUGGUCAAGAAGGACGCGCAUGAUAGCACUUCCAAGAGGCACGGUGUCACGGAGACGCAGGGUCAGGAGGCGCAAGAAUCAAAGUAG